GAGAGCGGUGUCCGUCUGACGGACGACAGAGGAGCGGCGGCGGCGGCGGCGGCGGUGGAGCAGGCCCGGGACAGCCCCCACCCCCCCCACACACACACACAGCCAGCACCGUGAGGCCUGCCUCUCUCUACCCGCGUCCCAUCCCAGCGACCUACCCGGCAGUGGGGUUACCGCCACCCCGGGGGGAGGGGAGGGUUAACUGCCCCGUCAGCAGAGUUACCCGCCUUGUCAAGGUGUUUAAUUGCCUCAAGUGAGGGUUUAAACUGCCCCGACAGGAGAGCUAGCCGUGGGUUUAACGGUCUUGUCAGAGCUUUAACCGUCCCUUCACACGGUGAAUUGUCCCAGCUGAGGACUUACGUCCUGUCAAAGGGGUAAUAGUCUCAACUGAGGGUUAAUUGUCCUGUCAAAGGGUUAAUAGUCUCAACUGAGGGUUUAGCUACCCCGUUGGGACUCGGGGUUUUAAUUGUCCUGUGUUAGGUGCUGUCCUGUGCUGUUCCGGAGGGUUUAACUGCCCCUGUCAGAGGGUUCAUUGCCUCAGCUGGUGAAUUAACUAUCACUCUGGGAGUCAGGAGGCUUAACUACCCCUGGCUGGGGGGGGUUCAACUGCCACUGUCAGAGGGUUCAUUGUCUCAACCAAGGGUUUAACUUUACCCUCUGGGAGUAAGGAGAGUUUAACUGCCCCCCCCCCCCCCCAUCCCCAUCAGAGGCUUCACUGUCCUCCCUGAGGGUCAUUUAUCUCAACUGAGUGUUUAACUGCCCCCACCCCACCCAACCCACCACCACCACAUCAGAGGCUUCACUGUCCUCCCUGAGGGUCAUUUGUCUCAACUGAGUGUUUAACUGCCCCUUUGGGAAUUUAACUACCUCUGGCAGAGGUAACUGUCCAGUUGGAGGGUUAAUUGUCUCAACUGCAGGUGUAACUGCCCUGUCAGAGAGUUUAAUUGCCCUGUCAGAAGGUUUAGCUGCCCCAUCAGGAGGGUUUAAACUGCACCAGUUAAGGGUUUGACUGCCCUGUCAGGACAGGAUGGAUUAUUUGCUCCAGCUGAGGGUGUAACUGCCCCCCGCACUUCCUACAGAGAGUGUUAAGCAUUACCCCAAUAGGUUUGCCCCAAUAGAAUAAAGCAUUGCCCCAAAAGGUUUAAACGGUGCCCCAACAGAGGGAAUAAAAGGUUGCAACAGCAGAAGUUUUUCCAUCUUUCGCAGCUUCACCAGCAGAGGGUUUAAAGCCAAGAUCCCUAGCAGAGGGUUUUAAACCUUUCCCUGCCUCAGUUCACCCAGUAGGAUUGUUAUCACCUCUCCACCCCUACCUCACCCUAAGCAGAGUCCACCAGCCUCGCCAUGCAGAACAUCUUGGUCUCCAUGGGCACCGUGGCCAGCACGGUGACAGUGUGCCAGGUACUGCGGCAAAUAGCCAGGGAGUUCCUGAAGCCCCGGUGCGUGAUUGAACGAGGGGGUGGGCUGAGCCAGACACCGCUGCAACUGGCCAUCGAAUUCAUCUCCACCCUGCAGCUGUGCAUCUGCACCCACGAGCUGAGGCUGCUAGGGGAGUCGGGGCUGCUGCCGGGGCUGGGGCCGUCCCUGGUGCUGGUCUACCUCGUCACCCUGGUUCACCUCUCCACCUUUGGCAGCGCCAGCUGCAACCCAGUCAACACUCUGGAGCGCUUCCUCUGCGGGCAGUAUAGUGGGAAGCUGGCCCUGUCCAAGGUGCUGCUGCAAGUACUGGCAGCCUUGGCCGCCCGCCGGGUGACCGAGACUAUCUGGACCCUGCACAUGUCCGACCUACACUGGCACCACUGCCAGAACCACUUUAAGUGCACCUCGGCAAUGAAGACCAGUACCUUAAGCAACGGCAUGUUCGUAGAGUUCUCCUGUGCCUUCAGCCUGAGGGCCGUCAUCGUCCGCUUCCAUCAUCUCUCUGCUAAUCGCAGGAUGUUCUUGGUGGCCGGGUUAAUCACCUUCCUGGUGUUUGCAGCUGGAGGGCUGACGGGAGCCGUGUUCAACCCAGCGCUGGCCUUUUCAAUCACGUUCCAUUGUGACGGAUAUACCUACCUCGAAUACAGCUUCGCUUACUGGCUUGGACCUCUCCUAGGUGCCCUGACAGCUGUGAUGUUGUUUGACAAGAGGAUGGUAUGUUGUGCCAACGCCGCUGUGCAAACUCCGAGGAGCAGCAUGAAGAGAGACUGAAGGGUGAAUGAACGAGGUCGAUCGCAUUAUGAAGCUUUUCCUUCCAUUUCAACUGGGACUUUGAUAAAUGAAGGACUGUAAGCAAGCUGUAUUAAUCGACAGAGGUCUGUAUAACAAUUUUUAGGGAAUCUUUUACAAAAGUUGAGGAAAAUUUCUAACGUAGAUUUUAUUCUGUGGAUCUGUGGUUGUUCCGAGGUUGCUGCUGCCUUGGAGAAGGAGUCUCUUGUCUUAAGAGGCAAGGAUGGGUGCUAACACGAACUACAUCGGUAGAGGCAAACCAUCUUGUCAAUGAAGAAUCUGUCUUAAUAACACAACUGUAAAGCUGCUUAGUUAUAUCCUAGGGGUUGUUGGUCAGCAGAGUUCUAUAGAAACACACUUGUACCACUAGAUUUUAUUGUUUUAUUAAUGUUUGUCCUGUAGCACCUGCUGUUGUUUAUGGACUCAGUGAAUGUGAUGGGGAGAGGGGAGAGGGUCUGCGGCGAGGAGUUGCACUGGUUGGCUGCGUGGGUGCUCCAUUUAGUUGCAGCGUCAGCGUGGGACGGGCAGUGCUGAUGCUGGGCCAGAGGGUUGGAUGGUACAAUUGCAAGGCUGGGUUGCCACGCCUGCAUUCCACAGAGGGAGAGGGAGAGAGAAGGCAAUCACGCGAAGAACCAUCACAGUGGAUAACUUUGGGGUGCAUUGGCACAGUGCCAGGAGUGGGGGUUAGGGGAAGGAUGGUAGGGGAUAGUACACUCACUGUGUCGUGCCAUCUGUGAGCCAAUGAAUUAUGGAUUCACAUAUGAACCAAAAGAAGAGAUAAGCAGUUAGAAAAUAAACUCUCACUUACAAAGGACGUGUUGUUGAUUAGGGUAACUUCCCCAUUAAAUGUGUCUGGAUAGUGAGAUCAUCUGAAAGUUGAAUUUUACUCUCUUAAAUUGAAUUGUGUUUAAUUUAAUCAACAUUUGAACAGUGACUAACAGCCCUUUAACACCCAGACCAUUGUCAGGGUAGUGUCAUUUUUAGAUAUAGUGUAGAAUUUUGUAUUAAUUCAUUCGUUCUCUCAUGUUUGGAAAAGUUAGAGAACUCCUCAAGGGAGUGUGUGGGGGGAGGGGGAUGGAGGGUGCAAUUUUUAUUUGAGAUUAGGAAAAUCAAAUUCUUCCAAUGGCUCAACUAACAGCACAGUGGCUCAGUGAAAGUUCUGCUGCCUUACGGCGCCAGAGACCCCGGUUCAAUGCUGUCUGCACGGAGAUUUGUACGUUCUCCCUGUGACCACGUGGGUUUUCUCUGGGUACUGCAUCCCAAAAAGGUACAGGUUUGUAGGUUAAUUGGCUUUGCUAAAAUUGUAAAUUGUCCCUAGUGUGUAGGAUAGUGCUAGUGUACGGGGUGAUUGCUGUUCGGCGCGGACUCGGUUGGCCGAAGGGCCCGUUUCCGCGCUGUUUCUCAAGUCUAAAAGGUGAGCAGGCAGUUCAGUGGGAUAGCCACUGCGCAAACCGGAAUAAUUAUCGGUCUGGGUUCCAAUGUCAGUCUUCAGCUUUCGAGAGGUUGUACUCACUCCUGGAAGAAACUGAGGUCAGACUCUAGUCCAGGCUUUUAUAAUUCGGCAACGCAUCAGAAAGCACCUGAUACCCAUUGUAGGGAACUGUGAGUUACACCAGCCUAUGGACACUGAAAAUGUGAUUUAUAGCUGCUGGAUAAUGAAUUCCGGGAAUGCAGGAAGGUAACUGGAAACAAAGUCAUAUUUGAUAGAGAUGGGGACUAUACCUGAAGGUUUCAGGUGAGAUCCGUUAGACUCUUCCUGACCUGGUGAUGCAUUUUCACUGUAUAUUCCGAUUAAAUGACCAUUCCUUGACACUUUGGAACCACGUUGAUGAGUAAAUGUUUUGAAAUUGUUUAAGAUUA